CUCUGCACCAUCGUCAUCAUCAUUAAUUAUCCUGCUUCGGCAAGCUUGCUUUAAUAGCUAACGGAGGGAGGCCUAGUUCAUCGCCUCCUUCGCUCGCAAUGGCGAACGGAAAACUGGAGCAAGAUUCGUCAGCAGCGGCGUUCGAAGUGGACGACUACCUCGCCUUCGCAGAGCAUGAAGUGGCCGAAGUAGAGAAGCACAGUUUAGUCGCGCAGGAUUAUAGAGAUCACAAGAUCACGUAUUGCCGCAACAGCAACAGCAGCAAUUAUAAAUCGAAGAACGGAAGCAGGUCUUGUAAUUUGAAGAGGAGCAGCAGUAGUAGCAGUUCGAGAGUUGCAUUUAUAACCAAGUCUGAAAAAGAGAUACUGGACGAUGGGUACAAGUGGAGGAAGUAUGGAAAGAAGGCAGUAAAGAGCAGCCCCAACCCAAGAAAUUACUACCGUUGCUUGAGCGAAGGCUGCAAUGUGAAGAAGAGAGUGGAGAGGCACCAGGAGGACCCAAGCUUUGUGAUAACCACAUACGUUGGAGUGCACACCCACCACGCCCCUUUGCCUUCGCUGCUGCUAUAA